GUCCGGAUACGGAGGCACCGCCGCCCCCCCUCCUUUCCCAGCGCGGGCGGGAGAAAGCAGCAAGUGUCCCCAGGGCAGCCACACGCCCCCCAGGAGGAGAGCACGGUGGGCAGCGGCCUCCGCCUGCGGUGCGGCGAGCCGGGGGCGGCCCGCGGCCUUGCGCGGCGGCGCCUGCGCGGGGAGGGAGGCGGGUGCGUGCCGCCCUACCCGCACAGGGCCUCACGGCUGUGCGCGGCGCGGCCCCACCGCCGGCGCCCCGCGGGAGCCACCGCACAGCGCCUCAGUAAGGGGGCGCGGCGGCUCCUGUGCCGCGCCGCGGGCCGGCCUUGCUCCCUCGGAAGGGCGGGUCGCGCAGCCCUCGGCACUUGAGCGCGGCUCCGGAGGCGAAAGCCCGGGGAGCUGCGGCCCAGCUGGAACCGGGCACUCGAAGCUCCGCUGGGCCGCAGGUCGCUCCCCAGGGGCGCCUGGAGGGGCAGCGGCGUGAACCGACCGGGCGCGCCCACCUGCGGCAGGAGCUGCCCCGCCGGUGGCCGCCCUGGCCCCGCGGGGAAGCGUACACCUGGCGGGGCCGCUCCGCGGUGUCCCGCGGGAACUUCAACUCCCAGCCUGCGCGCACGGCAGGUGCGGAGGCAGCGCCGCGUGUUUGCGUGUAGCGCUCACCGAGGUGUCUUGCCUGGCAAUUCUGCUUUGACUGUGCUCCAGUUUAACCCCAGUUUAACCAAUUUUAUGUCUCUUCCCUCCUACUUAGCUCUGGCCGUGACCCCUAGUAGGAGAGCGCCAAUACCGCAAUUCCCACCGUACACGCGUGUACCGACAGCCGCGCUGUGGGUGACUCCGGGGAGCGAGGUCAGGCCUCGGCCAAGCACCGCUCGGUGCCAACGGGUCCCCAGCCUCGCCGCGCCCCCACCAACACGUGCAGCAGCCGCUCCAAACGCGGCCUCAGCACCGCGGUGCUGGUCACCCAGCGCGCACGGGGGCACAGCCGGCGUUUGCACUGCUCAGCCCGCACCGGCUGAGAACUCCCGCGGGCACCGAAAGUUUGAUAGAAAACGGCUUCCGAGGAGGCCGUAAGCAGAGGCUGAACCGCUGCUGCUCCCGGAGUGAACCUGACUUGACCGCGAACCCUCGCAAGGCGAGAGAAGUGCCCUACAGCGGCCCGCCCACCCGGCAGGGAGCGUUUCCCGGUGCACAACCGCACACUUCCCGUAUGGACAGGAGCCCGCACAACGCGGGGACAAACCACCGCCACGUCCCCAGGGGCUGUGAGAACCGAGGAGCACCCGCUGCGCCUCAGCCGGGGCGCCAGCUCCACCUUAAGAAGAUCUGGGGGCCAUCCCCUCGCCCGCUGCCCGGGCCCGACUGAUAGGCGGCCGAGGCGGUGGGGGCGGAGCCUGGCGGCGCUCGCUAUAAAUAUUUAUGAGCGCGCGGCGGCCGGAGUGGCGCUGCUGGGGCCGGAGAGCGAGAAGUUGCGCGGAGGCGCUGCCGCACUCACCCGCGGUUCAGGUGGCGCGAUCGCGGCCAGUGGCGCCUGGCAGCCGGCUCGCCUUGCCGGCAGCACAGGAGGAGGAGAAGGCGGCGGAGAGCGAGGACUGGCCGGCUGGUGGUUUACCGCAGAGCCGGGCGCUCGGGCAGGCAGCAGGAGAAGCCGCUCCGGCCACCGCAGCAUCGGCCCUGCCGCUGCCCGCCCGCUCGGGGCGGUGGGAGCCCGGUGCCGCGGGACUCACUGUCUGGUCCCCGGAACGCCUCAGCCAUCUUGACCGCGCCGCACGGGGGCUGACGGCGAAACUUCUCUGUCGCCGCCACUUUGUGCCCGGCCGGCGCUGAAGAAGCGGCGAGAGAAGCGGCGACCUCCCCUGUGCAGCCAGCGCCGCGAGGAGCGAUGCGACGGCUGCUGAGGGGCCUUCCUUGAGUGGACCCCCCGGCGCUGCGCGGGGGCUCGCCGGUGGCUGCCCCUCACCGGGUGCUUACGGAGCCGCCUCUCUCCCGGGCGACGGAGCCCUGCGGGGGCAGCGAGCCCUCUCACCUGCGGCCGGCACGGAGGGGGCCGCCCUCCGCCCCCCAGAGGGGUAGGCGGGGCGGGGGGCUGUUGUGGCACCGCGCUCCCCGUGGCAGCUGAGCGGGACAGGAGAGGAGCCGGGGCCGCCGCCGCCCGCCGCCGAGCAUGGAGUGGAGUUACCUGUUGGAAAUCACCUCGCUGCUCGCCGCCCUGUCCCUGCUGCAGCGUGCCGGCUGCGCCGCCGCCUCGGCCGCCGCCGCCGCGUCCUCCUCUUCCUCGGCCAAGGAGCUGUCGUGCCAGGAGAUCACCGUGCCACUCUGCAAGGGCAUCGGCUACAACUACACCUACAUGCCCAACCAGUUCAACCACGACACGCAGGACGAGGCCGGGCUGGAGGUGCACCAGUUCUGGCCGCUGGUGGAGAUCCAGUGCUCUAGCGACCUGCGCUUCUUCCUCUGCAGCAUGUACACCCCCAUCUGCCUGGAGGACUACAAGAAGCCGCUGCCGCCCUGCCGCAGCGUCUGCGAGCGGGCCAAGGCCGGCUGCGCCCCGCUCAUGCGCCAGUACGGCUUCGCCUGGCCCGACAGGAUGCGCUGCGACCGCCUCCCUGAGCAGGGCAGCCCGGACACGCUCUGCAUGGACUACAACCGCACCGACCUCACCACGGCCGCCCCGCCGCCCGCCAAGCCCCCGCUCCGCGGCGCCAAGCCCGGCGGCCCUGCCAAGGCACCUCCCGCCGCCCCGCCGGCCGAGGCCCCGCGCAAGCCGCGGCCGCCGCCGCCCUGCGAGCCGGGCUGCCAGUGCCGAGCGCCCAUGGUGUCGGUGUCCAGCGAGCGGCACCCGCUCUACAACCGCGUCAAGACGGGACAGAUCGCCAACUGCGCCCUGCCCUGCCACAACCCCUACUUCAGCCCCGACGAGCGCGCCUUCACCGCCUUCUGGAUCGGGCUCUGGUCCGUGCUCUGCUUCCUCUCCACCUUCGCCACCGUGUCCACCUUCCUCAUCGACAUGGAGCGCUUCAAGUAUCCCGAGCGCCCCAUCAUCUUCCUGGCCGCCUGCUAUCUCUUCGUCUCCCUGGGCUACCUGGUGCGCCUGGUGGCCGGGCACGAGAAGGUGGCGUGCAGCGGCGGGGCGGGGGCGGGCGGGGCGGGGGCCGGGGCGGCGGGCGCUGGCGGCGGCGCGGCUGCGGGGGCGGCGGCGGCGGGGGGGCGCGGGGCGGCGGGCGGCGCGGCCGAGCUGCAGCCGGAGCUGGCGGUGGCCGAGCACGUGCGGUACGAGAGCACCGGCCCGGCGCUGUGCACCGUGGUCUUCCUGCUCGUCUACUUCUUCGGCAUGGCCAGCUCCAUCUGGUGGGUCAUCCUCUCCCUCACCUGGUUCCUCGCCGCUGGCAUGAAGUGGGGCAACGAGGCCAUUGCUGGCUACGCUCAGUAUUUCCACCUGGCUGCCUGGCUGCUCCCCAGUGUCAAGUCCAUCGCCGUGUUGGCGCUCAGCUCUGUGGACGGGGACCCCGUGGCUGGCAUCUGCUACGUGGGCAACCAGAGCCUGGAGAACUUGCGGGGCUUUGUGCUGGCACCACUGCUCAUUUACUUGGCCAUUGGCUCCAUGUUCCUGCUCGCCGGCUUCGUCUCGCUCUUCCGCAUCCGCAGCGUCAUCAAGCAGCAGGGUGGCCCCACCAAGACCCACAAGUUGGAGAAGCUGAUGAUACGUCUGGGCCUCUUCACCGUGCUCUACACUGUGCCAGCUGCCAGCGUGGUUGCCUGUCUCUUUUACGAGCAGCACAACCGGCCCCGCUGGGAGGCCACACACAACUGCCCCUGCCUGCGUGACCAGCAGCCUGACCAGGCCCGCCGCCCGGACUAUGCUGUCUUCAUGCUCAAGUACUUCAUGUGCCUGGUGGUGGGCAUCACCUCUGGUGUUUGGGUCUGGUCUGGCAAGACCCUCGAGUCCUGGAGGGCCCUCUGCACCCGCUGCUGCUGGGCCAGCAAAGGUGCUGCUGUGGCUGGGGGCACAGGGGCAGGAGCAGGUGGGCAGGCAGCAAUUGCUGCAGCAGGAGGACUUGGGGCUGGAGGUGGUGGCUCCCUCUACAGCGAUGUCAGCACCGGCCUGACGUGGAGGUCAGGCACUGCCAGCUCUGUCUCCUACCCCAAGCAGAUGCCCCUGUCUCAAGUGUGAGGAGGGAGAAAGAGGCCAAAGGUUAGGGAAUGAGGGACACCGGCCUGCCUAAAAUGCACCCUCACUGUUUGGUGCCAUUAAUGAACCCCUAAUGGUCCUUAUUAGCCACAGCUUGUAUAGAACAAUGCAGCUGGCGGAGGCCCCAGGCUCCAGCCCCCUCCUCCUUCCCCUCCAUUCAUAUGCAGGGAGCAUGUACUUCAAGGAGCCAGCUUAUUAUUUUGCUGGCAGAGGAGGGUAGAAGCUCACUCGUGUCUUGCAGAGGGGAAGGCACUGCAACUUCUGAUUCUGGACUAACAGCAGCUCUUUGCUCAAGGGAGGGAGGGUCUUCCUCCCCCCUAUCCUGAGGUGGGAGUCUGCUGGGACUGCAGGUUUUUGGGAUAUUGAUGACCAGGCAAAUGCCUUACAAUACAGACUGAAUCAAAACAUGUCUUAAUUAUACACCCCAGCUAAAUACGGGUUUCCUACAUUAAGGGAUGUAUUUAUAUAAUUAUUUGUUACCUUGUACAGAUGUGUAAAAUAUGUAUAUAUCCAAAGCUAUACAGUCUGUAAAUUUUUUUUGUAAAAAAAGUGUAGAGGCUACCCCUGUAAGAACAAAUCUGAGUAUUCUAUUUUGUCAAUAAAAUGACUUUUGAUAAAUGA